AUGGUGGAAUCGAACCAAAUCGGUUGUUUACAGUUACAGCAAACAAGAAAUAAGAGCAGUCGUGUGUCGUUCCUCUCCCGCACUACCCCUAUCAAGUUCAAGUACAAACUCCGACCUGUGCAUUCGAUUCGCGGGCCUACCGAACACCUUUGGUAUUGCUUCAACCCACUUGGUGUAGAGGAGGGCGAGGAUAGUUUGUGGAUGGCCGCAAACAUGAACAGGAGUCGAAUUAGGCUUUCAAUGCUCGUGAUCGUAAUUUUUUUCUCGAUAUUUCUACAUGAUACUGCUACCAUGAUUCAUGCAACCAGUGGCAUUCCACAGGGUGGUCAUAGUUCAUCUCCUCCGGUUAAAAUUCUGAAAGAUACAGAAAGACACAAGCUUUUUCGACACGCUCGACAGUACAAACUUCAAAGUUGUAGCAGAAAAUGAAGAUCAGAUUGAAGUCUCGUUCACCAAGACGUGGAGCGAGUCCCGUGGUGAAAAAAUCGUACCUCUUAAUGUUGAGAAAGAGUGCAUUUUUUACGAUUAACUAUGGUUUUUUUAAAAAUUACGUUGAUAAAACAAAAUUUAACUAUGAUUUUAAGAUUUAUAUUCUCAGGUUUAUAGUAGUUUGUGGGGUAUCUGGUUUCUACUCGUAUGCAAUAUUCGAGCACUUGGAAGGGUGGCCCGAUUUGAAUAUCGACGAAGCAAGAAUCGCCUUCAAGCUUCACCAGGACAAGUAAAGCCUCACCAGGACAAGAAUUGCCUACUGAAGAUUUGAUUUACAGAGUUGGGGUUAGCGACUAUAGUAAAUUUUGGUUCUUCGCGCAUGUAUGGUACAUAUAUAUAUGGUACAUUUUUUUGGACAUAAUAUAUCCAGAUUAGGAGAAAGCUGUUGUUUUGUUUUGUGUGUUUGCUUUUCUUAAUUUUCCCUUUUGUUUCAUAUGUUUGGUUUUCUGGUUUUAUGAUCCAUUCUUAUUCUUUUCAUA